CUCCUCUCUUUGCCGAGUUUCCCACUCUCUUUCCUUCUUUCACAAGGCCAAACAAAUAUUUAACAAAUUUCAUCAUACCGGUCGGUUUGAUCGAAAAUAAUGAAUAUCCGAUCUUAUUCAUUUCUAGCUACUAACUAUGGUACACAAUUGUUAUUGUUCAUGCAUCACAUGUGGAUUGAUGGAUUUCUCAUAGUUGGUGUUGCUGCGCAUGCAACCAUUUUUUAUGGUAAGAGACUAUGAUCCAAAUACUUGGUAUAACGAUCUAUUAGACCGAGCGGGUUUGGGUGUGUUGCACGGAAAUACUGGAAAGUAUCCUGAUAUCAAGCCCCACGAAGUUGAUAGCCAGGAGUGGACAUCAUCAUUAGGCGGUACAGUAAAAGCAAACCACAAAAGCACUUUAUGUACAAAAUUAGUCUUUUAUGCUAACAUUGAUGCAACCCACGUCAGGGCCUAGAACUUUCUCUGGAUUUGACGUCUCCGUAAGCAAUGGAGGGAAGGGGGCGGUCUGUUGGAAAACCGUGAGGGCGGGCUGUUGUGCUAGUCAGAGCGGGAUGCUGUGCAGGGCGGUUGUGCUGCUAGUCAGGGCGGGAUGCUAAAGAAAGAAAAGGCUUAUACAGCUAAAUAGAAAGGGUUUUAUACCCAGCUGGUACCUUAUAAUGAAGCAAUAGAAGUAUACUCCUUACAUCUUAUUUAUUUAAUAUUUACUACGUCUUCUCGGCAUCGUCUUAUUUUCCUGCACUCGUGGCCCUCUCCCUACUCGGCUUUUCUUUACUGCUGUCUCGUGGCUCUCAACUCUUGCUAUGCGAGGAACGAAGUAGCUCGAACAAAGUAAGAGGCCAUUUGUGUAUGGACUACUGGGAAAGAUAGGGUACUCGAUUGGAUUUGGAUCCACCGGGAGUACUGGCGGGGCUCGAACCCGCAGCUUCCGCAAAAAUGUAAGUGGUUUUAGCGAUACGAAAUGAUUAAAUUACGGUUCAUCCAGAAUCUUAGUACAAAUUCCUCUUAUUAGUUCUUCAUUAUAACUUUCAAUACGGUUUCACAAUAUUAUUCCAAACUCCAAACCCUCCACAUCUCUUCUGUUCCUUUCAUCACACCCCCCAUAACACCACCAAAUUCCACCAUAAAACGCCUAGCUUCCUCUUUUUCUCAUCACCCAAACACAACAGCACCCCCAAUCAAAUAAAUAUCCCUCCCUUCCCCUGAUCCAGGUACCCAUCAAAGGCGAUAUGUGCGAUGAUCAGAAUAGGACAUUCUAAUUUCUUUAAUGAUGUUACGAGCGAGCCUGGAUUGAUCUCGCAGAUCAUGCUGGUAAGGUGAGGUGUAAUGAAACUGGAAAGGCAAACAUGGUGAGGUGUCUGCCUAACUGAUAACACAAAGCCACGGCACUUAGCACGUGUCCGGUGGCCGCUGCUAGUCGCCAAAGAAUGCCCAAAAAUAUGAUGAAUCACACUAUGUACCCACUUUAUUAGUUAUAUAUAACAACACGAAUUGAAAGCGCAAUUUGGAGAAUAACUGAAUUUGUCACAGAGCUAUUACCUUCUUCAACAUGAACACCAAAGAAAGUGCAGUGGAGACCAAAGUGGAGACUGUAGACCACCGGUCGACAGCUGGGGAAGAAGGCCAAGCUGGGAAAGAGAAGGUCGGCGUGGUCCAUCUGCGUAAAAAGGACUCCGGCGAAAGACCAGGCGUGCUGGCGAGUGCCACCGCUGCAGUUUCAAACACCUUCAAGUCUGCCAAGGAAGCCAUCAUGGGCAAAGGCAAACCGCAGCAGCCAGGCACAACAGACCCUCCUCAGUGACUUUCACAAAACCACCCUUUUGUUAAUUUGAAGCUCUGUUUUUGUUUGUAAUAUACUUAAGAAAACAGU